AUGGCAGCAAGGAAUGCUGUCAGAUAUGUCUCUCGGAGGUUCUCGAGCGGUGGCAAAGUACUUGGUGAGGAGGAAAAAGCUGCUGAAAAUGUCUACAUCAAGAAAAUCGAGAAAGAGAAACUGGAGAAACUUUCACGCAAGGGACCUCAACCAGAAGAAAAACCAGCAACAAGCUCGGGGGGUUCAGGAUCUGUAUCUGAUGCUAAACCAAGUAGUUCCACCUCGUCAACAUCAGGAGUAUCAAGUGACAAGUACCGAAACUAUGCAGUUGUAGCUGGUGUCGUGACUGGUUUUGGGGCUCUGGGAUGGUACCUUAAAUCAAGGGAAAAGAAAUCGGAAGAGGUUCAAGACUGA